AUGAAUCAGUCGAACUCGUCGCGACUGCUUUUGGGCGGGAUGGUCGUACUGAUCGUCCUGAAUUAUUUCAUCUUCUACAACGUUAUCGAUCGGCAGAAUCCAGGAGAUGGCGGCAUCGAUCAGAACCAGCUGCGCAAGGCGAUCACGGUGGACAUCCUCGAGAUGCAGCUGGAACGGAAGGAGAACCGCAUCAGGGAGUUGGAGCAACAAGUGGCGAGCGCGAAGAGCGGUGGCCGCCCUUCCACAGCUCUGGCCCAAGCGAAGCCCAAGCAGACCCUUCACGUCGGUUGGCAGUGGCAGGGCCGCGAGACGAGGAAGGUGCGAUUCUUCGACGGCAAUGAGGCUUACGUCUACAAGACCACCUACGAGGGUUCGAUGGCCAAUCCCCAUCAGCCUCACAUAGACUGGUGGGACGUCAUCGAGUCUCGUUCCUGGGAAAUCGAGACGUUCUUUGUCUACAAGACCUUCCUUGGACCCACGAGCUCGUUCAUCGACUUCGGCUCGUGGAUUGGACCCACUGUUCUCUACGGCGCUACUCUGGCCAAGAACGGUUAUGCGCUGGAACCCGACCCAUACGCUUUCGACGAAGUGCGCGCCAACCUGGCCCUCAACCCUCGCCUGCAGGAUCACACCUCCAUCUUCUGGAAGUGCAUCAUGGACAAGCCCGGCAUCUACCCCAUGGGCGGUGGCGGCGGUGACAGCAUGGCCUCCGUCGGCAGUGCCAAUCAUCCUAAGAGCUGGAAGGUGGACUGCAUGACGCUCCCUCAGUUUAUCAAUGAACACCAGAUCGAAAACCUCCACCUCAUCAAGAUGGAUCCCGAGGGCGCUGAGCACAUCAUCCUCCCCUCGUUCAAGCCCUGGCUGAUGCAGCAGAAGGUCAAGCCGACGCUGUGGCUCAGCAUCCACAAGUGGAACUUCGCUCCCGGCGGCGCCGAGGCCGUCGUCGACGUGCUGCGCCUGUACAAGCGAGUGUUCGAAGGUCACCAGAACCAGGUGGACAUCAACAGCUACACGCUCUGCGACUUCUGCACCAUCCUGGCGACCGACCUGGACGUCCCGAUCUACCACGAGUAA